AUGUUCAUAUUCUUAAAAUUUUGUGUAUGCCUUUCUUUUUUGCAGACUAAAACUGGUAUUGCAUUGUUGUAUGAUGAAGUAUCUGAAAAUGCUUACGACAUCCGACUGAAGCUUACAAAAGAGGUAUUAACAAUUCAAAAACAAGAUGUCGUCUGUGUUAGUGGAAGUGAUCACAGUGCAAAUCACAGAACUGUUACACUUCAUCGACAACCAGUUGGUGGCUUGGGCUUAAGCAUAAAGGGGGGUGCUGAGCACAAAGUGCCUGUCGUCAUAUCAAAAAUAUUUAAAAACCAAGCAGCUGAACAGACAGGAAUGUUAUUUAUAGGAGAUGCAAUAAUACAGGUUAAUGGUAUAAAUGUAGAAAGUGCUACCCAUGAAGAAGUGGUACACCUACUGCGAAAUGCUGGCGAUGAAGUUACCAUCACAGUUCAAUACCUCAGGGAAGCUCCAUCAUUUUUAAAGCUCCCAUUAGGUUCCCCUGGACCAUCAAGUGAUCACAGCAGUGGAACUUCAUCACCUCUCUUUGACAGUGGCUUACAUUUAAAUGGAAACUCAACUAACACGGCUCCAUCAUCACCUUCUUCACCCAUAGCUAAUGAACCAAAAUACGAGAAGCGCUGGCUGGACGCCUUAUCAGUUCCUCUGUCGAUGGCUCGAAUCUCGAGGUACAAAACCGGAACAGAUAAAUUAAGAUCUAAUGCAUUUGAAGUGCUGGCACUCGAUGGAGUUAGUACUGGGAUACUUCAGUUUUAUACAGCCCAGGAGAGUGCUGACUGGCUGAGAGCAAUGUCUACUAACAUCAGUGAUUUGACACUUCAAAAUAUGAAAAUGGCAAAUAAAUGCUGUUCUCCCUCUGACCAGGUCAUACAUAUGGGAUGGGUAAAUGAGAGACUUGAAGGAACUGAUUCAUCUCAGCUCUACAAAUUCAAGUUUCUGGCCCUGAAGGGUUCAUCCUUCUACAUUUUCAGCAGUCCACCGGUGAGCACUCUAGAUUGGGUACGAGCUGAAAAAAUCUAUAACCUCUGUGAGGUUCUAUUUAAAAUUCACAAGCUCUGGCUUGCUGAUGAUUGCUGGCUACAAGCAAACUUGUAUUUAGGUAUUCACCAGGACUUUGAUCUUGAAGACCAGAGGCCGUAUUGUUUCAGUGUCAUGGUUGGACAUGGCAAGAGCCACUAUUUCAACGUAGAGCUGGGCAGUGAAUUGGCAGUGUGGGAGAAAUCAUUCCAAAGAGCAAUUUUCUUGGAAGUUCAAAGAACAGGGUCUAAAACAUAUAUGUGCAGUUGGCAAGGGGAUACCCUGUGUUUCACAGUCGACUUUGCUCUAGGAUUUACCUGUUUUGACAGUAAAACAAAGAAUGUGCUGUGGAGGUUUAAAUUCUCUCAGCUUAAAGGCUCAUCAGAUGAUGGGAAAACAAGAGUAAAGCUGCUUUUUCAAAAUACAGACACCAAACAAAUUGAGACAAAGGAACUUGAAUUUCAGGAUCUGACGGCAGUUUUACACUGUAUUCACUCCUUUAUAGCAGCAAAAGUGGCAUCUGUGGAUCCUGUAUUCAUAGACAGUCAGAGUAUUGCAAGAAAAUAUAUGUACAGUAACUGA